AUGAAGGCUAAGGAAGUUAAGGCAAAAAGGUUUGAAAGAGGGCUAAGAGCCAAUUUGAGUACAUCUGUGGAGCUGCAUAAGUACCCUACCUAUGCAAAAGUGGUUCAAGCUGCUAAAAUGAUUGAAGAUCAGCAGAGAGAGAACUACAAGGCCAUACAAGCCGGCAAGAGGCCAAUGUCAUCUUAUGACUCUAGGGGACCUAAUAAGUUCCAGAAGAGAGGGGCCUACACGACUGCAACUCCAUUACAGUCCCAUAAACCUGAUGUGGCCCAGGGACCCAAAGCUACAUCGGCUCCUUAUUAUGGGACCCAGACCCUCGUGUGUUACAACUACAAGGAGUCCGGUCAUAUGGUCAAGGAUUGCCCACAUCCGCGACAGGCAGGUUCGUGGCCAACUGUGACUUCUAAGGCACCCAAAGCAAAGGUAGUUGUUUGCCCACUUCUUCCUUCUCCAACAAGCAGAACUCAGGGGCGAGUGUAUUCUGUCACUCAUGAAGAAGCUCAGGCUGACCCCGGUGUCAUCACAGGCAUGAUUUCUAUAUGUUCCAUACCUACUUAUGUGUUGUUUGACUCGGGAGCAUCGCACUCUUUUAUAUCACCUUCGUUUACCAAUAAACUACCUAUUAGAUCGGCAAGUACGGAGCAGAAGCUGAUAGUCUGUACACCAACAAGAAGUACGGUCAAGCUUGACCAAAUCUUUAAAUCUUGUCUUGUUCGAGUAAGCGACCAUGGGCUAGAGGCUAGUUUGAUAAUCUUGGAUAUGAAGGACUUUGAUAUAAUUCUAGGAAUGGAUUGGUUGUUCACACACGGAACCAGCUUGAUCUGCGCAGAGAGGAAAGUACUCUUCAAGUCAGAGGAAGGCAAGGAAUUUGUGUUCAAGGGCAACAAAAGCAAGAAGCCCAAGAAAACUAUCAUUUCAGCUCUUCAAGUCUAG